AUGAUUAGACGUUCAAAGAAAACUGGGAAGAAGCGUGGCAAGACCAGCAUUCCAUUGGAUGAAUUAAUCAAUGCUGUUACACGUCUUGGUGAUAAAUCAUCCAAAUUGGACGACGAUAAGCAAUGGAGAUCAAUCAAUUCUUUAUGGUCUCGAUUGGCGACUGAUUUAUCUGCUCGAUUAUCGAUUAAGAAUGAUCUUCGUGUGCGAAAAUAUAUCUACACGGCAUGGAGUCGUGAAUCGUCAAAUCUUCGAUCUCAUUUUAUUAAACAACCUAAGAAACCAUCGUCAAAACCGAAAAGAAAUGGUCUUGAACAAUUGUCACCAAUCUCAAGUUUAACUAAAACUCGUACACGACCAAAAGCAGCCGACUCGUCAGGUACAAACAUUGAUAAUAAUAAGUCUCAACAGCACUUAAUUGAAUUUUCUUCCGACGAAUGGUCUAAUAUUUACAAAAAGGAUAUUAAAUCUCUUUCUCAUAAUAUGGAUCCAUCGUGGACUGAUGUAUUUUACGACAAAUUAAAGGACGCACACUUGACCAAAUGCUGUAUUGUUUUCACGGAUUCAUCACUUCGAAAAUUGUAUUCUCGAAAACACAACUCACCUUUAUUUCAUUGCGUUGGUCAAUGUUCAAAUUCCACUUGUUCAUUGAUCGUGAAAAUGAAACUACUUAACAUUAUUUCACCUGGUCAAUCAGUUGUUUUUCGGGUAGAAAUUAUCGGUACUCCACGACAUGAAAAUCCAUUUGAAUGCAAUCAACGUCCAUUGGCAGGUAUCAAGCGAGCACGAAUGGCUAAAAAAGCAAAAGAAGAAGGUAUUUUGGUAACGUACGAAAAGAAUUUACUUAAUGCUGACGAUGAGCUUUUGAAAUUUAAUAACUAUACCGAUGUACCAACGACACAUGUGCUUGCAACAGCUGUAAAAGAACAAUCUGACGCAAAGCAUCUCGAUAAAGAUAUCUUUGUUGAUUUGGAAAUGUUAUUGUUUUCUAUGAGAGAAACAGAUAAAACCUCUCAUAUUCAGAACAAAGGUUACAUACAAGUUCUUCAACUUUGGCCAUUUGCUACGAUCUUUUAUACUGAAGCACAAUUACUUCAAUAUGUUGAUUAUUGCUCAUCAACAAAAUAUUCAACUAUUCACAUUGAUGCGACUGGUUCUGUUGUCAAAGGAAUUCCAAAACAACGUAAACCUUAUUUAUAUCUGAUUUGUUUCAAAGAUGGUCAAGGUGCUUGUAAUUUACUGCCACUUGCUGGUGCUCUGCUAACCGAUCAUUCAGCUACAUCAAUUGGUAAUUGGCUUUCAAUUGUUCGUCGAGGUAUUGCAACUGUCAAGAAAGGUCGAUUUGUUCGACCUAGUUACAUCGUUAUUGAUUUUUCUCCAGCAUUAUUGAAUGCUAUACUGUUAACUUUUGAUCAUACCAAUAUUCAAUCUUAUUUACAAUGGUGUUUCAAUGCACUUCACAAGAAAUAUACAUCUGAUCAACUGAAUUUGAUGUCCUGCAUACGAUUUUGUUGUGCACACGUCAUGAAUGCUUUUGCACGAUCUUUAUCGAAAAUCAAAUUCAACAAAGGCAUUCGUCGGAAAGUCAUGAAGUUAUUUGGUGUUUUAAUCAACUGCAAUGAACUUGCACAAUGCUACGAACUCAUCGGUUGUAUUGUACUCAUAUUCGGUUCGCCUGAUUACGUAACGGCAGAAGAACUCCUUGAUGAAGUUCUCCAGGCUAGUGCUAGUUUUCUCUCAGAAUUGGAAGAAUUUUUCGAAAAUAAGGAUGUCUCAAAGACCGAAGAGUUAAUGGAACAAGAAUUGGCUGAAUUAGACGACGUUUUCCUUUCGUCACAACCGAUUCUUCAUCAAUCUCCAUUUACGAAAUUAGCACGUGAACGGUCACCAAUAUUAUCUCAACUUAUGGAUGAAUCGAAAAAGAAUAAAGAAAAAACCAUAAAGAAUCCUUUAUUCUCGGAAGCAUUAAUCAAAACGUUGUAUAAAUGGAUUGCCUAUUUGCCGAUUUUCACUGGUCUUAUGCAUAAGUUUCAAGAACGGUAUGCUUCCGAUACUACUAUCGAAACAAUGCCAAAGUUACUGUCGGGCGGUCGUAUGUCAAAUGCACCAAUUGAAUCAUUUUUUAAGAUCCUGAAACACUCCAUUCUUCGGCACCGAACCAAUCUUCGGCCGGGCGAGUUUUUACUCGAACUGUAUUCGACGACAAACGCUCGACUUAAAGCGAAUCAGUUCAACAUUCAACAAACUGGAUCGAAGAAACGUGGUCGACGUAAGAAACAGCAACCUGACCAAGUUGACCCAACGUUGUCCGUAGAACAAUGGAAAAAACAGGGAACAGAGAUUGCAAGUCGCUCUACGUAUUUCUCAAAAUAUGUUGAACAAAAGUUAGUGCCAAGCGACAUUCGUAGUCGAUUACGUGAGAAGUUGCAAAUGCGAAAAGAUCGAUGGGAUGAUAUUUAUGAUCUACAGAAUUUGACAGACAUUCUGGCAAUCGAUCCACAGCAUGACGGAAGUGCUUCCAAGAACAAUGAGAAUGCCGUGGCUAAAGACAUUUCGAAAACAAUUGAAGAGGAAGAAGUUCCUGAGCCAAUUCAGCAUGUUGAAAUUAGCGAACAUUGCGAAACAUAUGAAGAAUUAAGUUCGAAUACGAAUGCAUUGCUACCUGUUAAUUCUCAUGAAAUCGAUAAUAUCAAUUCGGCUGCUCCUAAUUGUCAAAGCAAUCGACAAGAAACAUUUGACAAUGUGUGCGAAACGAAUGCCGACGAAAAAAAUGUUCCUGAACAUAAGUCUGCACAAACAACAUCACAAAAAACACGCCAUGUAAAUAAAAAUGAUAAGCAAAUUAUCGAAUUUCGUUUACCAAAAAAAUGGCCAACACAUACGGCGAUUGGAAACUUGCAAUUACGAUUUCCUCAUUUCAAUAUUGGACCAACUUUUAUUAAUGCCACCGAUCGAUAUUCAGUCUCAAAUACAUGUUCACUGGAUUCGUCCUUAUUCUUGCUUUACUACAUUUAUAUGUCACAUUCGGAAGAUUUUCGUUCUGCAUUCGAUCGGGACAUCACCGGUUGUCGCAACUUACGCAACGUUUUCGAUCUGGUUGAACGAAAUGGUUGGGAUUUUGCAAGAUUACACUGGCUUACAAUGAAUGAAGUCUAUCCAAAGCCAGUAGCAAAAUGUGCUCAUAUCGAUGUAUAUGGAACUGCUGAUACCAAUGUUUUCCAAUUUUUAAGAGAGAUGCAAAAGUAUGUUAUCGAAUCGACCUGUAUAUGUCCAGAUUGUCCAAAGUUGGUGAGACAGUCUCAUUCGGUCGACAUCAGUCUGCCACGACUUACUGGCCGUAAUCGUCGUAUAAUUAAUUUACCAAGUUUUUCCGAACGAUCAACGACGAAUUGUGGUGCUACAAUAGGUCCUAAUGAGCCAACGUCGUACAGCGGUUCAUAUAGUCGAGAUGAUUUUUUUCCAUCUAAAGAUGGUAAUGGUGUAACAACCAUGUUUAUAUGCGACUCCAAACGAAUUGCUGAACCGAGUCGGUUUGUUUAUAAGCCACCACCAAUCGUACUUUUGAAUGUUGGACAAAGUGUAAUCAACACCGACAAGAAUCAAACCGUAGAAACGUUGGUAAAAGAUUUACCGUAUGUAAUUAUCAUUGGAAAACAACGCUACAAUCUAGCAGGAGCGAUUUGUCCACGAGCAGAUCACUUUACUGCUAGUAUUGUUUAUGCCAAAGGACGAUUUGCAAAAUAUGAUGAUUUGUACAAAUUUGGCGUGAAACACAACGAAGGUGGUAACGAUGCUGUCGAGACGGCUGUUUAUGCUAUUGAAAUGAAGAAUGUUGACGACGACUAG